UGUCAUUAAUCUCUAGAAUUGCAAUUAUUGCCAUUCAUAUUUACGAGAAUGAAUAUUUUUGAUGUUUUGAGUGGUUUUUUUUUUCUGUUGUUGCUUCUUCUAUCAGUAUUUAUUUAUAUUUGUUGCACGGUAGAUCUGAAACCAUUUUAUUACUGGAGUUCUAAAGGUGUAAGAACGGCCAAAAUUCUACCUGUCAUUGGUGAUGCUAUCUUUGGUAUUUGCUUCAGCAAGAAACCCUACCCAAAGCUUAUUCAGGAUGUAUACGAUAGCGCAGGCAAUUCAAGAUACAUUGGAUACAGUGAAUUGAGAACCCCUAUUCUCAUGAUCAAAUCUCCAGAACUAAUAGGGAAACUUUUUGUCAGAGAUGCUGAAAACUUUCAAGAUCGACGUGUUGUUUUCCUAGAAAACUUUGAUACUCUUAUGUCGAAGACCUUAGUUCACCUACGAGGGCAAGAAUGGAAAAAUAUCAGAGGUAUCUGGAAUAUGGUUCUAACAACAAGUAAAGUAGAAAGAAUGUACCCUUUAAUCUACAGAAUGACAGAAUCUUUUGUUACAAGUUUCAACAAUGUGGAAAAGAAUGAAGUUAAAACGUUCAAUGUGAAAACAGUCUACAGAAAGUAUAUUUGCGAUCUCUCUGCAAGUAUUUAUUUUGGCAUUGACAAAGACUUUGACAUUUUUCGUGUAAAAUUGUCGAAUUUUGUCAAUUUCAAUGGUAACUCUAUUUGGACUCUGCUUUCUUUUUGUGUUGCAUGUCUUGCUCCUAAAUUAAGUAUUCUUUUUGGAGUGUCUUCUAUAGUGAACAAGGAUGUCCAUGAAUAUUUCCUGAAAAUUGUAAGCGAAAGCCUUGAAAAAGAAGACAUCAACAAACACCGAUCAAGCCUUAUGGAUUCCAUCCAUAAACUGAAACAAGAAGAGCAAUCUGAAAAUUUAGAUGGUGACAUUAAAAGGGCAAAAAUUGACUUGAACGAAGACGAAAUCGUAUCCCAAUUGUGCAUGUUUCUUUUUUCUUCACUCGAUGGAUUACUACCAACAUUGAUAUUCAUUACAUAUGAACUUGCAAUUAAUCCAAAUGUGCAGCAGAAAUUACAAGAUGAAAUGGAUCAAAUUCGAGUCGAGGGAGACCUUCCAGAGUUUCAUAAUAUUAUGGGUUUACAGUACUUGAACAUGGUUAUUUCUGAAACCAUGAGAAAGUGGCCGUCUGUAACAAUGACGGAUAGAUUAUGUACAAAACCCUACACAAUAGAAACUGUACACCCUGAAGAAAAACCAUUGCACUUAGAUAUAGGAGAUUGCGUUGCAGUAUCUUUGUACGCUCUACAUCACGAUCCAAAAUAUUUUCCAAAACCGGAUACAUUUGAUCCUGAACGAUUCUCUGGUGGUAAUCGUCAUAAGAUCAAACCUUUCACCUACUUACCAUGGGGUAUAGGGCCUAGAAAUUGCAAUGCACAAAAAUUAUCUUUAUUGAUAUUGAAAGUCUUCUUUUUCCAAUUACUUGAGCACCUGGAAGUGAUACCUAUCGAUGAAACGGUGAUACCUAUUGAGUUGCAGAAGGGUGUAAUCAAAGUGGAACCGAAAUGUGAUAUUCUUUUGGGUUUGAGGAAAAGAGAAGAUCUGUAAUUUCUGAUUUAUAUUUCAAAUCAUGAAUAGUCUUUUGCUUCUUAUACCACAAUAAAAAAAUCUAUUAUCAGCAUCUGAAA